CAGUGGAGGGGUUGGCAGGCGUUCAACUGUCUACGGUCUACUCUGAUCUUGGACGUCAACUACAGAAGGGAGAACGACAUCGAUCUGGAAGGAAAAGGUCGACGUACUGUUCGACAAGCCGCCCACUCAUCAGUGACUAUUACCCCGCGUGCCACACGUUUCAAUUCAUUCCCAUCCCGCCCACCCUCAUCUCCUCGAGCCUCCCCAUCGCUCGCGUCAUCAACAUCUCUUCCCUCUUCUCUCCCUGCGAAACUGUGGCUCGAUAGCGAGCAUUUCACCACUCCCCCACUGCCCUCCAGUUGGCAGUGCUCUCUCGUCGCUUGAUGCUGCCUGUCCUCGCCUCCAAGUCACGCCUCCGCUUCACUGGACGCGACGCCCUCGUCGCGCUCCUGGGCGCAUCCUCCCUCCUCCUCUUCUCGCAUCUCUAUGGGCUCCGACCAGCUUCCUUCUUACCACCACCAAUUCACGGACCUCCUUACUUUCGUGGUGCCUCGGACGAAGCAGUCCUUCCUGAAGGAUUCACCCUGACACCCCCGAGCGAGUUUGCACCACCUGGUCGACUUUUUGUUGCGCCACCUCGCACGAAAGGUGUGACUGCCUCUACCCUACUCGCCCACGCCCCAGGAUGGACCUUCUUCACAAACCUAUAUCUUUCUAACGGGACGUUCUUCAUCGUUUCCGACGAAGGGGGCUUCGAUGAAGGCUACUGGCCCCAGCGACGGCUGAUCACGGCGACGGGUUUACCCGGGGACCACGAGAAUGGACAUCUGAGAGAGCCGACAGACAAGGAGAUGCAGGUGAUAACAGUAGACGAAGCGAGGAAGCGUUGGGGUGAGCGAGUGUGGGAUGUAGAAGGCUUGUCGCUUAUCUGCAAUGACCCCGACCAAUUCCUCAAGCACUAUUACCACGUUGCUGCCGAACUUCUCUUCGGCACCGAACGAAUGCUCACCAACUUCGAUCCUAUGCCCCAGCCAGAUGGGAGUGUAUUAGCCCCGAGCCCGGAUAGGAUCAUCUUCGUACACUGCGAUGAGGCAGGUUUUACGGAUUCGCCGCGUUUCAAUCAGUUCUUUUUGCCUGCCAUGUGGCCAUCCAUCACACCUAUGUUCAAGCCCACGUUCGACCAGUUUGCGGAUCUCGUCAGAACACCAUAUAAGGCGUUCCGCUUCCCGGCAGCGCUCUUCAUCGACCGAUCUGCAGCUUUUCGAGGUGAUCAGACAGGGCCAACUUCGCGUACUCCUGCUGGACCAUGGAUGAUCGGGGGUGGGCAAUACGGCACUGGUGGUGAAGGCCGGAACAAGUACUGGUACGAGAACGCCCGUCGGCGUGUCGGCGCGUUCGCAGGCGUGCCUCAUCGCGUCCUCGACAUGGGCUUAAGGGCAAUGGAUCCACCUCUGGUCGACGGCGAACCAGACGCACCGGUCAUCACGUACAUCUCGAGGCAGCGCAGCAGGAGACGCCUGAUCGAAGCAGAUCACCAACGACUUGUACAGGCAUUGGAAGACAUGUGUCAUCGCAAGGGAUGGGUUCUGGAUGUGGUACACGCCGAGGAACUCAGCCGGGAAGAACAACUACGGCGAGCUGCGCGCACUGUCGUGAUGCUCGGCGUUCACGGCAAUGGGCUUACGCAUCAGCUGCUCAUGCCGCCACACCCUUUGUCGACAGUCAUCGAGAUGUUCUAUCCUGGUGGCUACGCGAGAGACUACGAAUGGACUGCUGGUGUACUGGGCAAGGCCUAUUUCGGCAUACAGAACGACACUGUCGUCGGCCCGCCAAACAUUCCAGACUUCAAUUAUCCAGAGGGCUUCCACGGCAACGCUAUUCCCGUGCAGGCAGAAGUUGUUGUAAGGGUUAUCGAGGAGCGGCUUGAGGGGAAGCGGGAAAGGAUCCAUUGGAGUGGUCAUUCCGGCCUCGGGUACUAACCCCACGCCGCCGUUGUUGUAAUUUCGUUCCUGUAACUCCUAAUGUUCAUCUGCUUGUUCAG